UUUUGGAAACAAAAACAAUUGAAUUUGUUUUUUUUUCACUCUUUUGGUAACAUGUGAUUGAGAUUUAAUUUUGUUUUAAGAAAAUUAUUAUGACCAAAUUAAGAUUUUCUGGUUAUUUGACUAGAAGAAAUUUGUUCUUAAUUGGUUUAAGUUUUAGUACAUUUUAUCUGUUGUAUCAGUUAACCAUCAUCACUGCUUUAAAUAAGUUGGCAUCCCGAUCACCGGAAAAAUCAUUCAACAAUCACCAUCGCCAUAAGAUUUUGGAUCAUGGAGAUGAAGGUAAUGAUGAUGAUGAGAGUAAAUUGUUGUCUCCCCUGAAAGGAUCACCAAAGGUUAAUUAUUUUGCUAAAGAUUCGUUUAAAAAGGAUACCAAAAGAAGACCAGUUAAACCUUUGGGUAAAAUAAUUCUUGGUGUUAGUAAAUUUGAUUUUAAAUAUUACCAAGAAAAAGAUGGUGGUCAAUUUAGAUGUCGAUCCAGUGGUGAGGAAAUUUCUUAUUCUCAAGUUAAUGAUGAUUAUUGUGAUUGUCAAGAUGGAAGUGAUGAACCAUCAACCGAUGCUUGCCCUCAAUUCAAAUUUUAUUGUAUAGUUAAAACGUUUGAUGGAUUAACAAGUAUUCCAUCAUCAAUGGUUAACGAUGGUAUUUGCGAUUGUUGUGAUGGAAGUGAUGAGUAUCUUAAUCGUUCUACACCAUCAAUUAUCUAUGGUGGAAAAUUAAUUAUUCCAUCCAAAGGAAAAGGUGUAUAUUUAACACCCUGUAUAUGGAGAUGUUCCAGUUAAAUGUAAAUUUUUGCAAAAUUCACAAAAAAACAACUUUGUAAUAUAUACACAAGAGUCUAAGAAUCUAAGUUGUUUUUCCAUUUCAAUUGGAUUCAACUUGAUUUCUCAUGAUGAAAAUGAGAAAUCAAACAAUAUUUUUUAAUCAUUUCCAUUGAUUCUCAUUCAACUUACCUGAGUAUUUAUCGUUUUUAAGAGUUGGCGCUUUCAAUGUAAUUCUAAUUACAAAAGAUGGAGACACAUAAGUUUUAACUUGAAGAUGAAAAUUUUGUCUUCAAAAAUAAAAAGAAAGAGUUUUUUUUAUCUUA